AUGCUUGACCCACAAGCGGCUGACCUUGUCGACGCUGUCGCGCGGCUGUGCGUGCUGCGCACGGAGGACUACACGCUUCUCCGAACCGUAUACACGCGUGCACGGGAGUGCGGGCAUCUGCAGCAACAGCAAGGAUCAACAUCGAAUCCGAUGUAUUCUACAUCUGCAUCAGCAGGUGACGCCCCCGACACAAAGGAGUGCGCGGACGGCGCCAGCGGAGCCGGCAACGAGGCGUACAUCCGUUACCUGACUGAGGAGGUGCGCGUGCGUGAGCAGCGUCGAGUGACCGAAGAGGGACAGUGGCUGGAGGCAGUGCGGCAGUGGGGAGCUCACUUUCAGGCGAGGCAGGUGGUUUCUCAUCAGGACAAAGCAUUCAACGCGGCGCCGGACGGGUCGGCCUCCCUGGCAGUGCCAGCCAUUCGGUGGUUUUGGGAGCAGGGGAGCGAGGACGCCUUCCAGCGCGUAUACGCAGCGGUGCUUCAGCAGGCCUACGAGCUUGACCGCACAGACUUGGUGAAUACCCCCUUCGCGCAUAUAGACAACUCCAAGUGCUUGUACGAUCACAGGGAGGCUGCGGCUGCGGCCGCCACUUCCGUCCCCGUGUCCUCUUCCCAGGUUGAAUGCGUGCACGCGUUGUUUUUCUCGUCCUCACGAGCUGCUGAGCCGUCCAGCCCGCCGUCACGCAUCUUGGAGGAGAUGCACCCGAUCGAAGUUGAUGGCGCGUCUGCGGUGAACGAGGGGAGACGGUCUCGUCUGCAAGCGAGCCGCCACGUCUGGCUCGUGCUCUUCUUUUUGUGGUGCCACAUCGUGGCUGCCAGCAUCACAACUUCGGCAGGCGCUGCUGCGGCAGCGCGUGGGGUGGGAGCGCACCCUCCGCUUUAUGCAUCUGCGCUCCUUGGCCCUGCCAGACACUUUCUCACGAGCCAGUCGCAGCAGCUGCAGUCGCAGCUGAGGAGGCUGGGAACGACGACGUAUAUGUAG